UUAAUCACCAGUGCGCCUGCGCCCUUCCCUAGCUAAAAACUCCGUUACGGCAGCCACUUGGGGUCAUUAUUAUUCUCGGCCUCGCGUUCUCUUCCCCUUUCGGUGCUUUUCCUGCGGAGGGAGUGAUGGCCGGCCGGGGGAAACUGAUCGCGGUGCUGGGCGACGAGGACACGGUGACCGGCUUCCUGCUGGGCGGCGUCGGGGAGCUGGAUAAGCACCGGCGCCCCAACUUCCUAGUGGUGGAGAAGGAGACCGCUUUGGCCGAAAUCGAGGAGGCCUUUCGGAGCUUCUUGAACCGCGAGGACAUUGGCAUCGUUCUCAUCAACCAGUACAUCGCAGAGAUGAUCCGCCACGUGAUUGACGCUCACACCAAGUCCAUCCCGGCUGUGCUGGAAAUCCCUUCCAAGGAGCACCCCUACGACGCUUCCAAGGACUCCAUCCUGCGCCGUGCCAAGGGCAUGUUCACAGCAGAGGACUUGCGAUAGAUGGAAGACGGGUGCCUCUCUUUCCUGGUCAGCUGUUGCUGCUCUCUUAGUGUCAUCUCAUAAAAGAGCUCUGCCUCCCCUUUGCUUUGGUGUGAUUACUGUCAAUAUUACCUUUCACUUCCUCCUGUCCUCUAAAGUCUGGGAUCUCAACUGUACUGGAGUUUUCUGGUUCCAGCAAAGUGGGUGAUCAGCAUUCCUGCAGUUUGUGUGUUUGUCUUUGCUUGCAUAUGACAUUGGAAGUUGUUUUGGCAGCAGCUGGAUGUUCAUCUCUGACCUUGUCUUCAUUUCCUUUUUUUAACUAGUCUUGGUACCGCCAUAUAACCUGCCAUUGCCCUUGUACCCAUCACACAAAAGAUGUCUACAGUGUGGAUUUCUCAGUCCAGUAGGGAUGGGAAAAGUUCAGCCUUCCAGAUGUUGUUGACUGCAACUCCCAUGAUCCUGCACUAUUGGUUAGGCUGGCCAGGGCUCAUCAGAAGCCUACGUGUCACCCAUCCUUGUGGUAGAGGAAAGGGGAGCCUUGGCUUCUUCUAAUGAAUUAUCAGCUCCAUCUUCCUUCAGAUGGUGCUGGGAUUCCCUGGCAGCUUUCUUUCUUUUUUAAAAAAAUCUUUAUUAUUUACAUAGUGCACAGUUCAAAUUAUAUGAUCUAUAAUACAUAAUAUACUUUUUUCUCUUCUCCCUUUCCCCCCUCCCACAAAUAGACACUCAGAGGGUAUAUAUUCCCUUUAAAUUGACAGUCAGAGAUACGGAAAAUAUCAUUAAUUUAAUUUUUUGCUUCUUCAUACCCCAUUUUUUUCUCCAUCUUGCAAAGUGUUCUAUGGCCUAAUCCAUGACCCUGCCCCAAGUUUGUGAAGCCAGAUCUUAACUCAACAGCCAAGCAUAUGUUCCCAGAGAGGAUGGAGCUGGGGUCUUGGAGACUGUAGGUGUCCAAGCGAAACUCUUUGAAUUGGUUCCAUGCCAGAAAAUGUUCCCCCUCAUUUGUUCUCCUGAUGGUUGGCCAUCCAAACCCUCAUACCCCAGGGUAUCUUUGCAUCCCUUUACUAUUUAUAUCCAUGUUCCUUUCCUCCUACAAGGUGGAAUUACUGUUUUGUUUCUUGCAGAAAUUCUGCUGGGGAAGAAUUGCUGUGAUGAUAGUUGUUCUCUCAACAAUAUUCAGUGGAGGCCCUUGUUGUGACUUGUUGCUUUUUCCAAGGUCACACACAUGCUGUAAUAAUGGCUAAUAUUAUUUAUAUUUCCAGUUUCCUUUGAAUGGACCUGUUCAGUUACAAAUAACAGGAUUCAAUAAAGACAGUCUCAUUCA